CAAACGCGCGUGAAAGCAAAUGGUUGGCGGGGGAGCAGGCUGUUGGGCCGCCAGUAAAAAAACCUGUUUUUCUAAGUCAAGACCAAACAAACAAAAGCGCUGCUGGCAGCGCAAGCGUAAAAGUGGGCCGCCAACGAAGAAGCAGCGAGAAGACGUUGCGCCCGAGCUGCGACGCUGAUUUCACUUUUCGACAUUUUUUAGCGGAGCAACAACGGUUAAGCGUCACUUCGAGUCCGCAGCUGUACAAAGCGCAGCUUUAACGCAUUUACAAACUAAAAUUUCGCAAUAAAUUGUAUAUAGCUCGAGUCCAAAAUGCAACGAGUCAGUGCACUGAUUAUGCAACAGGUUAUGCGCCAAAGGAUGCCACAACGGCUGACCUCAUCAACAACGCAGCUAACUUUCACUUUGCGGCAGCAGCAUCGCCACACAGCUACGUCAACAGCGAGUAGCAAGCAGGUAACACCACCGCCACGACACGAUUGGAAUCGAGCUGUAAGCGAGGCAGAGCGCAUUGUAGGCUACCCCACAUCCUUCCUGAGCCUGCGCUGGCUACUCAGCGAUGAAAUUGCCAAUGUGGCGUUACACCUGCGCAAACUGGUUGGCAGUGCCCAUCCGCUUAUGAAGACAGCCAAGCAUCUCUUGUAUAAUGGCAAGAACACGAUGCAGGCAUGGGGCUUGAUAGUGCUGCUGGUGUCCAAAGCAGCGGGUCAUGCGGCUAACAUACCAGAUGUGGAGCAGGACAAGAGCGCCGGCGUGCUACACUCGCAACGUGCGUUGGCUGAGGUUACCGAAAUGAUACGCAUUUCUCAUCUGGUGCACAAUAGCGUUGUCAAUCUGCAGUCGAGCACGCAGGCUGGCCAGGACGUUAGUACUUAUGAUGACAUGUCGUUUGGCAACAAGAUAGGUCUGCUUACAGGCGACUAUCUGUUAGGUCACUCCAGCGCAGAGCUGGCUAAUCUGCGCAACCAGGAGGUGGUCGAGCUUAUUUCCUCAGCAGUGCGUGACUUUAGCGAAUCGGAGUUUAUUGGCGAGCGUGAUGAGCAAAAUAAUCCGCUACCCUUCAAGCCCGGCAGCUUUCAGCGUCCAUCGCUAACUGUGGGCAUAGACUUUAAUGAGCAUGAUGCUAUGACGCCCAUGCCCAUUGCACAAGUGCUGGGAAAUCCAGAGCAGGAAUGGGAAUGCAGAAACAUACUCAACGCUGGCAGUCUGCUAGGCAAAUCCUGUCAAGCCUCACUCAAGUUGGCCGGCCAGAGUGAGCAGCUGCAGCGACAUGCCUAUCGAUUUGGCAAACAUUUGGCGCUAGCCUGGCAAGCCUGCCUAGACGCCGAACCUUUUCAAUGUCCCACGCUGCCGCUGGAUGUUAACUUCAGCUUGGUUAGCGCACCAGUGUUGUUUCACUUGGAGCACGAUCCUAGUCUUUAUGCGCUCAUUGAGCAAGGCAAACAGUGUGUGGAAAACAUUGACUUCAAUAAGAUACAUCAGGCAGUGCUCGCUGGACCCGCCAUGGCCAAGACGAAGACGCUGCAGCGUAAGCAUACGGCAGCUGCGCUUAGCGUCUUGAAACAUUUCCCAGACACAGACGCACGUCAAGCGCUGGAGAACAUUAUACUCGCUAUGCAAGACUUGUAAAUGGGUUUGUGGGUUUAGCUUUAGU